AUGGAAUCGAGAAAACGGAAGCUUCCUCAGGCCGACUUGCAAAGACGAGUCAGGGCGAGAGCCGAGCCAGAACCUGACCUGGAUAGCCGUGAUGAGAUGAGCGACAGUGCACCUAGUGAAGAGGAUGUCCAAGAGAGCGAGUCGGGGUCAGGGCCUAGUUCGGACAGCGAGAGUUCCGACGGAUCUGAUGGAAACAACUCAUCUGAGGAAGAUGAGGAUGAGGAACAAGGCGCUUCUGUUGAUGCCUCGAAAAUUUCAUUUGGGACGCUGGCCAAAGCCCAAGCCAAGCUUUCCCAGUCAGGGCGCCGGAAGAAGAAGGGCGACCCCUCCGACGACGAUGGCCCAGAAGAAGAGGACGACGCUCCCAAACCGAGAGAGCAAGCCCCCAAGAAGGAGAAGCCGCCCUCCCGCAGCAGCAAGCACGCGCCGCAGGAGGUGUCGUCCAAGCGGCCCGUCUCACGCAAGCGCGAGAUCAUCCCCGUGAAGAAGGUCCAGUACCGGGACCCACGCUUCGACCCGCUCGUGACGGGCCAGUCCGUCAAGACCAAGGCGGACGAGGACCACGUCCGCAAGGCCUACGCCUUCCUGGACGAAUACCGCGAGGACGAGCUGCGCAAGCUCAAGGGCGCGAUCAAGAAGGCCAAGACCCCGGCCGAGAAGGAGCAGCUGCAGCGCGCCUACAUGUCGAUGGAGAGCAGGAAGAAGGCCAGGGAGAAGAAGGACAAGGAGAGGGCCUUGGUGGAGGAGCACAGGCGGCGCGAGAAGGAGCUUGUCAAGGAGGGCAAGAAAUCGAAGCCAUUCUACCUGAAGAAGUCGGAGCAGAAGAAGCAACUGCUGACGGAGCAGUUCUCUGCCUUGUCCGAGAAGCAGAGGGAGAAGGCGAUCGAGAAGAAGAGGAAGAAGGUCGCGGGCAAAGAGAAAAAGGCAAUGCCUAUGGAAAGAAGAGCACGGGAGUAG